UGCAGCUGCUGCUCACCUUUUGGCUCUCUGUGCCAAAGCUUUCAAAUCCUCCCUUGCUUCUCUGAGACCAUCAGCAUCUGUGGCUCUUGGUCAUUGGCAGGAAUGAUACCUCAGCCUUGAGGCACUGCUGGUCUCCCACACAUCUUGUUGCCUCCCCUUUGGCCCCUACAACUUGUGGAAAAGGAAGGAAACGGGAUUAGGAUCUGCUGGUGGGGCAGGGAGCGGUGGUGCUGUUCCCUAGCCUCCAGGAGGACUCCUGAGUGCAGCGUUGGCACAGCGACGGCUUCCACUUAUCCCUAGAUAAGACGGGAAGGAGCAUCAGCUGCAGCCCCAGUCCAGAAAGAUCCUGCAGUGAACCCCGACGGCAAACUGCACCUUCCCUACUACUUCACACCACUCAUAUUUUCAUAAGGGUAGAAAAGCCCACUUCAAUGAUGUCAACAGAAUGUGUUCAGCCACUUGAUAUCCCAGAGGACAGACUGGACAAGCAAGAUUCACAGUGUAACCGUUUAGAAGAUCUUUCAGAGCAGCUGAUUAAGAGCUGUGACCUCAAAAAAAAACCAAGAAAAGGUAAAACCCUCACAGCUUCCCAGAAGAUUGAACAGGAGAAAAAGAAGCCAAAAAGAAAAGAUACACCAGCUUUGCACACUCCACCACCUCUAACAGCCAUAGUUUCAGGCUCAUCUGAAAAUCUGCUGAAAAGGUAUGGUAUCACAGAGAAAUCACAGAGAGAAAGAGUGAGACCAGUCUCUCAAAUCGCUGAACUGGAGCAGAAAAAGCCCAGAAGAAAAGAUACACCUGCAAUACACAUCCCACCUUUGAUAAUAGGCACUAAGCUGUUUAUAGAAGAAGAACAAACGGUGAUUAUGGAAGAUGAAGAAAAGGAUGGAGACACAAUCCACAGUUAGAUUACAGUGAUACUUCAAUAAUACAGUGUAAAUAAUCAUGGGUCAUUCAAAGUGGCAGCACUUUAAAAAAGAUCUUUCAUCUUUAUAAAU